GUGUUGUUAAUUUUAUUGCUCAUCAACAGCUCUCAAUACUUUAAUACAUGUCAAGCCGUGUUAAAAUUCAUUAAAAAAGUACGCUGUGAAUAGUUAUUCAUUGAGAACUUUUAUUAGCAGUUUAUUAAACAAAUAUGGUGGAAAUUUUGAAAACAAUCAUAUUAUGAAAAUGUGAAUAAGUGUUUACAUAGAUAAACAGGUUUAUGGGGACAGCCCCUUAUAUUUCAGACAUCAAUAGUACACAGUGAACAUACCGUAGUUGCUGAUAACAGCUGAUGUGCUGUACUUGUUUUUGUUAAGUUAAUUUAAUUAAUUAGCCAAUAAUCUAGUGCUAAUGUUAGUGAGUUGAUAAAGUGAAAAGCAAAUUAUAAUGGAAGAAAACGGAAAAGUUGACAAAAUUAUAUCGCAGGCAACACAAUGGAGUUUCGAAGGCGAUUGCUCCUUGCUCGCCUGGAUGCAAGAGCUUUCACAGCAUAUAGAACAACGAGCGACCACAACCAAUGAUGCAUUACAACAAUUAAACAUAAAUGUUAAUCGCACUGCAAUAGCAUUGGAUAAUGCGGCCAAUAGUUUAACUGCACUACAGUAUACGCAAUUUGUCGAGAGUCGCUGCCAUGAUGACGACGAGACACAAACCAAUAUAAAGGAAGCGGAAGCGGGAGCAGUGGCCACAUCCAGUGUAAAAACAAAGUCGCCCAAAGAGGUGAUGGAAAUCUUUCUGCAGAAAAAUCUGCAAAUGUUACACAGUUGUCAUGAGAAGUAUGCGCUCGACUUUGAAGACUCCGAUGAGGAUGACAACACAAACUCUCAUAACUACAUUUAUCAACCGAAGAAUCCCUAUAAUGAUGCUUUGCUGCCACAUAUCUACGGCAGUAAAUUAUGGAAGGAACACUGGCAUGUAGGACUUUGUGAUGGUUCCAACGAGUACUCGGGCGAUGAAGCAUCUGAUGCUUUCUCCGAAACCUCCAGUUCCUCAGCUGCCGAUAAUGAAUCAUAUGAGAGCAAUACAGCAAAUCUGUCCGAAUGGGCUUCGAGCACUUCCAUACCAAUUGAGCAUAAACAUCCAGCCUUGAUGGUCGGUCAAAAAGAACACGCAUUACCUGCUUCAGCAACGGCUGCCGCACGAAACAAACACUUGCCAAGCAACGAUGAUAGCGACACCUGCUCUACAACGUCUCGAAGCACCACAACAAAUCCGCCAUUUAGAACGCGUGAGCACGAUUUAUUUGCUACUUUACGCCAUGAUACAUCAAUCACCAGUACAUCUACAUCGUCAUCGCCACAGCAACAUAUUGCUGCCACAAUUCAAGCUCAACGCGUCUCAGCGCCGAUAUCCUCAACGAUAGCACCAUUCUUUGAUGCUACACCACCCACAGAUAUUUUCGCUGAUGCGGCUAUGGAGCCACAACCGAACAGACGUAAUGAAAAUGAAACAACACAAAAAUCAGCUGUCGGUCAAAUUAAACGUAAACCUGUGAACUUAUUCGAUGACGAUGAUUUCAAUUCAUUCAUGACAGAGGUCGUAGAUAAGGCGCAAACGAAAGUUGCACAAAAACAACAACAACAACCGCCGCAAAUGCCUGUGUCGGCCAGUAACAGUUUGCCUUCUGGAAGUGCGAACAAUUUGCCACCCCCAAGAACAGUAGACUUAUUUGCUGAACCACCAAGCAUUAAAACGCCAACAACAAACGAAGCAACUUCGCCAAUAGCAAUUGAAAAACCAAAAGAAACCUCAACCCGAAAACCGGUAAAUCUAUUCGACAGUCCCGAAGGUAGCCCACAAAGUGAUUCGCUCUUCACGGCCAAUGAUAAAAAGGCCGAGCCGGUUAUUGAAAAGCCGAAAGACAUAACGCCAACUGCUGCGAAGCCUAGCAUCACUGCUAAGUCGCUGUUUGACGAUGACGACGAUGAUGAUGACUUCCUAAAUGUGUUUGGUGCAAAAAAGUUAAAUCUGCCGCAGCGCUCGACAGGCAAAACGCUGCUCUUCGACGACGAUAAUGAGGAAGUAACACGACAACCUAUGAAUACUCGAACAACAAGCAACCUUUUCGAUGACACACCACCUGCUGAAGACUUUGCACCCACUACGGCAAUAUUUAAGGAAAACAACAACAACAACAAAACGAACAAUAGCUACACAGUUAACGGUAGUGUUGGUAGCGCGGUGCAGGAAAAUAAUGCAACACCGAGCUUUGAAGCUGAAGUUUCGCGAAACAUGACAACAACAACUGUAACUUCAACGAAUUCGAUUUCGAACUCACAGUUGGCGCAUUCGCCACCGGUGAACCCCGUUAGUAGGCCCUUUAGCGCUAAUCUCUUCGCUGAUGAUGAAAAUGAUGAUUUAGAUGAACUCUUUAGUAAAAAGUCCACAAAGCAACAACCAGCCAAAACUGCUAAUAAUGAGCCAAAUAAAAAUGUGCAUGAAAAGGUGGCAACCACGAAACCAAUGACAAAUGCAUCUGCGCCGCAGAAGAAAUCCCUCUUCGGAGACGACUUGGUAGACGAUGAUGAUGAUAUUUUAUUCGGCAAGCCUACGAAAUUUGAUGAAAAUAAAGCUUCUCUCCGCGUGGAGAAUCGCACGGGCGGCAUUCUCAAAAGCGCAUCACUUUUUGGUGAUGAUUUCGAUGAUGAAGCCGAUGACUUAUUUGGUGUCACAUCAGCCAAGAAAGUAAUCACCAGUACAGCAGUUAGUAAAGAUGAACCGGAGAUUGCUUCUAUCAAAGACGAGAUGACGCAAGUUUUGGUGGAGCAAAAAGAAAACAAGUCUUCGAUUCAGCAGUCAACGGAAACGGAAGUAGUUGGAGCUGUGAAGAACGUCAGUCCACAAAAAUCCUUAUUCGAAUAUGAUGAUUUGGCAAACGCGUUAUCAGACGUGGACAAGGUCAAAGAAGACAGCAAUGAUAUUAUGAAUGAAGUAAAGGUGCUUGCUUCUCAUGUUGAAAAAGAGAGUGCAGAGUUGAAGCCGCCAGCAGUUAAUGGACUUUUUGGUGAGAAUGUUGCAGAUGUGAGCAAAAAGACGCCGAAGACACUAAUUUCUGACGUCACAGCGGAACAAUUUGUCGACAAUGCUGAAGAUAAUGUCGAAAAUUUAAAGACGACCUUAGCUGAGGUGAAAAAUUCCACGGUGGACACAUUGAGUAGCAUUCAAAAGAGUACACCAAACAAAGAAGAGAUUAAAGAAGUUGAAACAUUUGCAGAAACUUGGAAGCACGAUGAGAAUAACGCUGAAAAUCAGCUGGAUCCGAUAUCGGAGCACACUGCAGAGCAGCCUGAAAAACUCGAAACUCCACUACACACCUCGAAACCAAUAGAAGAGGUUGUUGACCUUACGGCUGAUACAAUGCAAGACAGAGAGAACACAGCUGGCCAACAAAAAUAUGCCUCCAUCUUUCUUGAUGAACCACCCGAUGAUGAUGACUUCUUUACAACACUCAGCAAUAACACGAAACCGUUAUCUGUCUCGAAACUAACGCUCGAUUUGGAAAGUGAUUUCUAUGAACCAGCCUUGCCACAAGUACCGAAUUCCGCUAGAACUACAACAACUGCAACGACAACAAAUACACAGGCAGGCGCUAGUGAUUACGGUGGUUUACGUCUAUUUAGUGAAAUUCCACCAGACGACGACGACGAUGAGGAAGAUGAUUUUAAUUUUAAUUCGUCCAAACACUCGAAACAAGCCGCAGAUAACGGCGCUGGCGUCAAUCAGCGGUUACAUAGUGUUUUCUAUGAUGAUUUCACAGAGACUUUGGAGGCCGUGCAGCAAAUUAAGGAGAAUAAAAUAGCGGCGCAUGCGUUGUUUGAUGACGAACCGCCACCGGUUGAAGAGCCAUUCGCUGUUGGAGCAGUAGAGACGCUGAAAAAGUUAGUGGAAACUACAACAGCCGCAAAAGCGGAUACUCAUAAGAGUGAAAUUGGACAAGAGAAGGGGUACAGUAAAGCUGAAAGCUCGAAAGAUGUCACAGAUCGCGCAAUGCCAAAGCUGGAAGGCACUGCAAUUGCCACUGCGCCAGAGAAACCACGUGCUACCGCUGGUAAAUUGCAAAUGCCAAAUAUCAAGAUUAAUGUACAAGCGCUGCUGCCCGGCGGUGGCGGCAGACCAAGCUUCAAAAAGUCUCCAACCACGCCAGCAGACGCCACACAUACAGCUGCAACAAGUGAAAUUUCCAAACUGCAUCCAGCUGCCGAUUUGAGUAAAGCAACCUCGAACGCAAGCUUAAAAUCAACGGUAUCCACUGAAUCAGCAAACGAGAGCUUGCUCUCGAGCGUUUGCAAAACACGCGUGCGCGCGCCAGCCGGCAGGCGACCGUCAACGCGUAGGGCGCGUCAAGAAAACUAUCGUCAAUCGCUCGUCGCGGAGAAGGCAGACCACAUAGUGUUGGAUGCCGAUUUCGAAGCUGCGUCUAGCAGCAACCAAAUAACUCCAAAGCCAACGUAUCAAAUUGAAAAUGAAAGCAGGACUGUACCAGCAACGUCAAGCAGCGUUGUCAAAGCGCUAGCAAACAUUAGUAUUCCUAAGCCAACAAACUUAUUCUUAGACGAAAACGCUGACGUCGACGACUACGACACACUAUUUAAGCCUACGCCGACUACCAGCGCACAAACUAGCAAUAAUGUCAAGCAGGCGUUGAUAAUAAAGACAACGAAUGACUUAAGAGAGCAAGGUCCGGCUCUGCAAGCGAACUCAACACGAGAGACAACAAAAAGUAAUGUUGAUUUCGGCGAGAGCGAUGGAGACGAUGACGACGAUCUGUUUAAAAGCGCGCGGAUCGCGCCCGCUAGCGCAGCGCUGAAGCCAGUGAACAACAGCAAAGCAGCAAUCAUAACAACUCCAACCACACAAAGUGUACCACCAACGAUGCCUGCAACAAAAUCGCUUUUCGCCAAUACGCCAAGUGAAGAUUCCGAUGAUGAACUCUUCAAAAGCAGCAAAUCACUACUAAGCACAGCCACACGAACAACCACGAAGGUCGCAAGUCCGCUAACAACCACAGCAACACCAGCAGCGUCAGCAAGCCGCGCAACUGUUGAGCCGAAGACAAAAACCGAAGGCAAAUUGGACUCGAUUUUUGGUAGCGACGAUGAAGACGAUGAUUUUUUGUCGCAACUUAAGCCCAAAAAUAAAACAACAACGAGCUUGUUAACAGCAAGCGCGGUAAGUUCGGCGAAGCCGUCAUCUUCGGGCAGCGCUGGCCUAUUUAGUGAUAUCGAAAGUGAUGAAGAUGAUCUGUUUGGCGCCAAGAGCAAGACAAAACCGAACACUUUUGGUAAGACGAAAGCAGCUACAACAACUAUGGCGUCCACCAGCAACAAACAAAAGCCAAUAACAACAAAGCAACAGCCGCUCGACAAGCAUAAGACUUUAGCGGAUAAUCCUUUGGCAGAUCUGCUAAAUCCAUAACAGAUCGCUUUGCUUGCUUCGGCGGCCUUCCAGUAUCAAAUUAUCGCUGUAGUGGCGAAGAAAUAUCAAUGAAAGUGCAUUAACCGUUAAACACAUUUAUUUUCCAUGUACCUACAUUUUAUGUCCGUGCAUAAGUAUUUGGCGAACAAAAAGUUGAAAACUUCUAUUGAAUUUUUAAUUAAUUAUUUUAUGCUUUAAUUUUAUUUUCUAUUAUAUAUACACACAUUUACAUACCAUAUGUAUGCAUACAAAAAAAUAUUUCUGAUAUUAUAUAAUAUGCAUAUCUACAAAAUAAAUUUAUUAAAAAAAAAACAAUUUUUGGAGUAUUAAAUGGAAAAAUAAUAAUACAUUAGUGUUUAAAACGCAUUUCAGACGGACUGUUAAUUGAGUCAAGUAGCGGUUCAUUUCCUAGCAUAUUAGUUUAGAUAAUUUUUUAAUUGUCUCAAUUAAGGUGGGACAUUAGAUGCCUAUACAAUAAUUCAGCAAUAAAAAAGCUAAUACUAAAAAAAUGUUAUAAAAAAAAUUUUAUUUAAAAAAACUUUACUUAAAAAAAAUAAUUAAAAGAAAUAAAUUAAAAAAGAAAAUAUAUGAAAGUACAUUUAUCAU